GCCCUCUGGUCCUGGCGGCAGGAUCAUGUGGUGGAUUCUUGGCAGUCAGCAGUCUGUGGAGCUUUUGCAGGUGGGUUUGCAGCUGCAGUUACCACACCUCUGGAUGUGGCAAAAACAAGAAUUAUGUUGGCAAAGGCUGGUUCCAGCACUGCGAGUGGGAACGUGUUCUCUGCCCUGCACGAGGUCUGGCGGUCACAGGGGCUGGCAGGAUUAUUUGCAGGUGUCUUCCCUCGAAUGGCAGCAAUCAGUCUGGGAGGUUUCAUCUUUCUAGGUGCUUAUGACCAGACGCGCGGCUUGCUAUUGGAAGUUGGCAGAAAGAGUCCGUGAUGCAGAGGCAGCCUCCCAUCUACGGCUCUCAAGAAAGGGGACUGCUCGAGAACCCUCCCUUCUGAAACAACUUACACCUAAAAAGGAAGAGUGUCUCACUGCAACGGUGAAUGACCUCUGCCCCUCUGAGCGCUACAAGAAAGUCUGCUGCGUGAGCAUCCACACAUGGGCAACGCUGAUAUGAAGUUACUUCCGAUGCAAAUGAAGUCUGUCUGUGAUGUAAAGCAGCCUAGGGGUCUGUCCUAGAAGUGCAAUACAAAUCCAAGGACUUCCCCUCCUUCCCAACACACCCAAAACUCCAGCCAUGUAGUAAGGCACCAAAACUAUUUCCCACCCCCCUCCAAAAUUAAACAGCAACCUGAUAUGAAAAAUAA